AUGUCUGAGAAGCCUAGCCGCUGGAACAACCCUGAGUUCCUCACCAGCCUCAUGAUGUGCUUCUAUGGUCAGCUGAAGGGCGACGGCCUCAGCAAGGAGACCAAGGAGGCCAUCGAGACCCGCCUCCAGGGCGAGGGCUAUGCCGAUGUCACUUGGAACGGCAUCCGUCUUGCGAAGGACAACCUCGACAAGACGGCCAAGGACGCACUCGUCGACAAAAUCCAUGCUCGUGGUUUCGAGGAUGUUACCUGGGAGGCCAUUAGGUAUCCACAUCUCCUUCCUUUCUUUCUGUCUUGCCGCGUCUUCCUUUGCGUCUGGUUCUAG